AAUCCCUGGAGGAGAAGGACAAACACCUGAGGGAGGUGGAGACAGAUGUUGCUGCUCUUUCCAGGAGGAUAAUGUUGAUGGAGGAGGAGGUGAAGAAGUCCGACGAGAAUCUUGCAGGAACCAUCACCAAGCUAGCCGUCACCAGCAAGGAUGCAGAUAACAUAUUAAAGAAGGUGAAGGUGUUCGAGUCCAAGUGCAUGAACAACGAGGUAACGAUCGAGGAGUACGACAAAAAUCUCAGAUGUACAACCAAGAUGGCCUCCGAUAACGAACAGAAGUUGGACGAAUUGAGCAGAAAACUCGGAGUACAGGAGGACGAACUCAGUAGAGCUACAGACCGUGCUGCGCUGGCUGAGAACAACCUGAAGAAGAUUGAAGACGAGCUCCAGCUGGUCGGAGAGAACAUGAAGCAGCUUGAACUGUCCGCGGAGAAGGCGGUGGAGAGAGAAGAGAAACUUAAGGAUAAAAUUCUUCAGAUUCAGCAUAAAUACAAGGCAGCAGAGGGCAGGUUUGAAUACGGAGAGAUGAACAUCACCAAGCUGAACCAGAAGAUCGACAACAUUGAAGACGAGAUCUACAGGGAGAAACUCAAGAUCAAGAAGUGUGCGGAUGAGCUUGGAGAUACCUUUGAUGACAUGCUAACAAACUACUAAUUCAUGUCGUUGUUGACAAACUUCUGACUUCAUGUCAUUGUUAACAAAGUACUAAUGUUAUGUCGCAGUUCACAAAGGACUUAUAUCAUGUCGUUGAUGAUAAACUAAUGAUUAAUGUCGUCGUUAGAAAGUACUGAUAUCAAGUCGUUGAUAGGAAACCACUGAUUUCAUGUCGUUUUUGACAAAUACUGAAUUCCUGUUGUUAUUGAAAAACUGCUGAUUUUAUGUCGUUAUUGACAAACUACUGAUUUCAUGUCGUUUUUGACAAACUUCUGCUUUCAUGUCUUUGUUGACAAAACUACUGAUUUCAUGUCUUUGUUGACAAAACUACUGAUUUCAUGUCUUUGUUGACAAAACUACUGAUUUCAUGUCGUUCUUAAAACAUCGAACAUUUGUUAAACAAUACGUUUAAAUCAUUUAACAAACCGAAACGUUCAUGCAGUCUUUAGUGAACUGAUUGAAUUGCGUCCUAUCCUAUAUUAAAAUAAUUUACAUUAUUUUCUACCAUCUGUUAUGUAAUGUUUAUUAUUGCUAGCUGACUCACAAUAACCAAAUUCUUGAAACUAUUUUUACAUUGUAAAUAAAUUAUUAGAAAAUAAAAGCGAAAGUU